GGAAAGGAAGGAAGAUUACACAUGCUUUGAAAUAUCUACGAACAAGAGCUUCACGUUCAAUUUGACAAAUCUGCGAAAACCCAUGAUCUAAAACUCAAACUCAUAAUGGGAUUACUUGAGUUCAUCAAGGAUUAUUUUAUUGGUUUCUGGGACUAUGAAACCCCCAAGGUUAUGGUGGUUAAAAACAAAACUCUUGGGGUCAUAUAUAGAGGGGUGCAGUUUCUAGUGGUCACCUAUUUUAUCUGGUACGUGUUCAUGAGUCAGAAAGCCUAUCAGGACAGUGAGACGCGCCCAGAGAGCUCCGUGUACACCAAAAUGACGGGCAUAGCCCUUCAGGGAGACAGAAUCCUGGAUAUGGUGCAGUAUGUCCAGCCACCGGAGGGUGGAGAUGUGAUAAGCACCAUCCUGAGACGUGAGGUCACUUAUAACCAGAGGCAGGGAAUCUGUGCUGAGCAUUUCACUGUUUCCAAUGCCAACUGUACAACGGAUUCUGACUGCAUUGCAGGAGAGGUGGACUUUGAUGGCAGCGGUCCGAGAACUGGGCGCUGUGUGCCUUACUACAACCUCACCUUCAAGACCUGUGAGAUACAGACCUGGUGUCCUGUAGAAGGCUAUGCAGCCGUGAGGGAACCUGCAUUAGUAGAGGCCAUCAAUUUCACAGUGUUCAUCAAAAAUGCCAUCCAUUUCCCAAAGUUCAAAGUGCUGAGAGGGAACAUCAAGCCACGCAAUCGAAACAUAAAGAAAUACUUGAAUAAGUGUCACUACCACGAGGAGAAAGCCCCUUACUGCCCGGUCUUCCGUCUGGGUUACAUUGCUGAACAGGCCAGGGAGAAGUUCAGCGAGCUGUGCAAAACUGGAGGGGUGAUUGGCGUUUUCAUUAAUUGGAAGUGUGACCUUGACGUUGACCCGUCUCAGUGCACCCCCACCUACUCAUUCCGUCGACUGGACCUCCGUAAGAACCUGGCCAGCUCAGGGUACAACUACAGGUUCGCCAAGUACUACAGCAAGGAUGGGGAAGAGUUUCGGACACUCGUCAAGGCGUUUGGGAUUCGAUUGGAUGUCAUCGUUCAUGGACAUGCAGGAAAAUUCAGCCUGAUCCCAACUAUCAUCAACACAGUGACGGCCAUGACAUCAGUUGGAAUAUGUUCCAUCAUCUGUGACUGGAUCAUGCUGACUUUCAUCGACAAGAACGAAGUCUUCAGCGACAGAAAGUUUGACGACGGCACUAGGACCCCGAAGCCUGCUCAGGACCUGUCUACAGAGUUCACCAUCAUGAGCUACGGCUCCAACCACUCAGACCUGUCAGAGGGCGUGGCGCUGUGACAAACACAUCUCUGGCCAGAUGUACCAGACCCCCUCAGACACCAAACCUCUAAACGGACUGUCCCCUGGGAGCCGUUCAGGUGUUCCCAGACCGGGCUCACGGUUCUCGUGGAACCGAACCCAAUGACUGCUACAAGAACCGAAGGGGUCAUCUUCUGAGAGCAACAUCUUACAAGGCCUGUCGUUGCAUAAAGGCCAUGUCUAGGGGUCAAUGCCAUCUCAAAUCCAGUCACUUCAGGACCUGGAACAGCACCACACUGGAUCAGGUGUUCUUCAGAUGAAAGCGAUUAAGAUGGUAUUCACCCGACUUAAAUGAAUGUUAAUGACACCACGUUGGUGUUGAGCAACAUGAAAAACACACCAAAACACAUAAUAACGC